AUGAAGCUCUCGCCCUUUACCCUCCUCCUCUUCCCCCUCGCAGCCAGCGCCUGCUCCAACUAUCAAUCCUGCCACUGCUACGAUGCGAACGGGGUCCCCAACGACGCCGUCACAGCAACAGUAUGCGCCGGAUUUGGCGACAGAGCCUCAAUGGUGGAUGCGAGUCGAGGUUCCGAUGGUGCGCGCGAGUGCAAAGCCAACAAAUCAAAGAGUGUUGUGUUUAACAAUUGUUCUUGGAGACAGUGGUGUCAGAUUGCGGGUGCGACGGGCAAAGACAGCAGUUGCCGGGAUAAGAACAUAUAA